UCUUAUAAUCGCCGGACGAGGAUCCCCCACGACGAUUCACCAAAAGGUCCUAAGCACACACGCCAACCGAUCCGAAUCGAACGAUCUUGAUCCUUCCGCUUCCCGAUCGCUCGCCAAUCAGCACCAGCACCAGCCGCCGCCGCGAUGGCCGACGAGGCGAAGGCGAAGGGCAACGCGGCUUUCGCGGCCGGCCGCUUCGAGGAGGCGGCCCAGCACUUCACGGACGCCAUCGCACUCGCACCCGACAACCACGUCCUCUACUCCAACCGCUCGGCGGCGUACGCGUCGCUCCACCGCUACUCGGAGGCGCUCGCCGACGCCGAGAGGACCGUCGCGCUCAAGCCUGACUGGGCCAAGGGCUACUCCCGCCUCGGCGCCGCGCAUCUCGGCCUCGGCGACUCCGCGAAAGCCAUCGCGGCGUACGAGAAGGGGCUCACCCUCGAGCCCUCCAACGAGGCCCUCAGGUCCGGCCUCGCCCAGGCGCGCCACGCGGCCACACCGCGCCGCCCGGCCUCCGGCGCCGACGCUAUCGGCAAGGUGUUCCAGGGCCCUGAGCUGUGGAGCAAGAUCGCCGCCGACCCCACCACGCGCGGCUACCUCGACCAGCCGGACUUCGUGCAGAUGCUGCGCGACGUGCAGCGGAACCCCAGCAGCCUGAACAACUACCUCUCUGAUCAACGCAUGGUGCAGGUGCUCAGCCUCAUGCUGAACAUCAAGCUCCAAAGCCAAAACAAUGGGGCGUCAGAGCCGGCGGCAACGCAAUCGACCUCGCCGCCGCCCAAGCAGCAGCCGGAGGCGAAGGCAAGGGAGCCGGAGCCGGAGCCCGAGCCGAUGGAUGUGACCGAGGAGGAGAAGGGGCGGAAGGAGAGGAAGGCGGCGGCGCAAAAGGAGAAGGAAGCGGGGAAUGCCGCUUACAAAAAGAAGGAUUUUGAGACCGCGAUCCAGCACUACACAAAAGCCAUGGAGCUCGACGACGAGGACAUCUCCUACAUCACCAAUCGUGCUGCUGUAUACCUUGAGAUGGGAAAGUAUGAUGAGUGUAUUAAGGAUUGUGAUAAGGCUGUUGAGAGGGGAAGGGAACUACAUGCUGAUUUCAAGAUGAUCUCGAGGGCACUGACCAGAAAAGGAACUGCGCUUGCCAAACUUGCUAAGUCAUCUAAAGACUAUGAUGUUGCCAUUGAGACUUUCCAGAAGGCAUUAACUGAGCACCGGAACCCAGAUACCCUGAAAAAACUAAAUGAUGCUGAAAGAGCAAAGAAGGAACUGGAGCAACAAGAGUAUUAUGAUCCAAAACUUGCUGAUGAGGAGCGAGAGAAAGGUAAUGAGUUCUUUAAGCAGCAGAAAUACCCAGAAGCAGUGAAGCAUUACACUGAAGCUCUCAGGCGAAACCCAAAGGAUCCAAGGGUAUACAGCAACAGGGCUGCCUGUUACACCAAGCUGGGGGCCAUGCCUGAAGGACUCAAAGAUGCUGAGAAGUGCAUUGAGCUCGAUCCUACAUUCUCCAAGGGUUACACUAGGAAAGGUGCAAUCCAAUUCUUCAUGAAAGAAUAUGACAAAGCACUGGAAACUUAUCAGGCAGGCCUAAAGCUUGAUCCGAAUAACCAGGAGUUGCUUGAUGGUGUGAGGAGGUGUAUGCAACAGAUCAACAAGGCGAACAGAGGCGAACUUAGCCAGGAGGAAUUAAAAGAGAGACAGAGCAAAGCUAUGCAGGACCCUGAAAUCCAGAACAUCCUGAAAGACCCGAUCAUGCAGCAGGUGUUGACCGAUCUUCAGGAGAACCCAAAGGCUGCCCAGGCGCACCUGAAGAACCCCGGAGUGAUGCAAAAGAUCCAGAAGCUCGUUAGCUCAGGGAUUGUCCAGAUGAGGUAGACAAGGGGGAAGGGCCGGAAUGUCGAUCGCUGUGCACUGAAACCCGUGUAGAAAUUGCUGUGAACUUCCGAUCAUGAUAUCUCCUUAGCAUUGAACCGGGUUUGCGUGAGCACAGUUCUUCGUAGCUGUUAAAAUGGCCAGUCACAUGCGUGAACACUGUUCUUCGUAGCUGUUAAAAUGGUCAGUCACAUACUCGCAUGUGGUUUACCCA